CCUACGCGGGCGUCUUCCUACAAUCUAAGUGACGUUACUUGAUUCAGUACGUAGACGCAGUCGAAGUAUAAACAAAACCUGUUUGUGCUUUUAAAAAGUCAUUAGGAAGGGAUGAAGGUUGUGAAUUUAAAGCAAGCCAUUCUGCAGGCUUGGAAAGAGCGGUGGAGUGACUACCAGUGGGCAGUUAACAUUAAGAAAAACUUUCCAAAGGGGACAACAUGGGACUACAUCAACUUUGCAGAGGCUUUGAUGGAGCAGGCGAUGAUUGGUCCAUCUCCCAACCCACUUAUUUUGUCUUACCUCAAAUAUGCUAUAAGUUCCCAAAUGGUGUCUUAUUCCAGUGUUCUCACUGCCAUCAGCAAGUUUGACGGCUUUUCCCGGGAGCUGUGUGUCAAAUCUUUGUUGGAAAUAAUGGACAUGUUCUGCCAUCGUCUCAACUGUCACGGGAAGGCCGAGGAAUGCAUUGCACUGUGUCGGGCCCUGCUGGGAGUGGUGGUGUGGCUGCUGCAGGGUUGUGCAUUUUACUGUGAGAAACUGAGAGAACUGGGUCCCUCAGCUAGCACAGAGGCCAUUCUCAGAGCCUGCCAGGAAAAACUGCACAGUCUAAUGAGCAGCACCAAGAACAAAGCUCUGGUCCACAUUUCCCGGCUGGAAGAUCAAGGUUCCUGGGGUAAUGUUGAGCAAGCAAUGAAUAAAGUGACAGAUGGCCUCUGUAAUGUACUUAACCAGACACAGAGGACCUUAAUAGAGGAGACGUUGUCUUUGGUGAAAAGUAUUCCCCAAAUGCUCUCUGUACAGUGUGAGCCUCCAGCUCACGCCUCCUUUCCAUCUGUCCACGCUUUCAUCAUGCUGGAGGGCACCAUGAAUUUGACGGGGGAGACACAGCCUCUGAUGGAGCAGCUGAUGAUGAUUAAAAGAAUGCAGCGAAUUCCUGGUCCUCUGUUCAUCCUGGAAAUCUGGAAGGCUUGUUUCACAGGCCUUAUUGAGUCACCAGAGGGAACCGAAGAGCUGAAAUGGACUGCCUUCACUUUCCUCAAAAUUCCACAAGUUCUGCUCAGACUGAAGAAAUAUCCUCAAGGAGACAAAGGACAGGAUUUUACAGAGGAUGUAAAUAUUGCUUUUCAAUUCCUCCUGAAACUGACACCACUGCUGGAUAAAGCAGAUCAAAGAUGCAAUUGUGACUGCCUCGGCAUGCUCCUACAAGAGUGCAACAAGCUCGGACUGCUGUCAGAUUCGAACACAGAAAGCCUUACGUCGAAACGGAAUGACGACAGGGAGUUUGCCCCAAGGCUAAAAACGGCAGAAAAUGCAAACAUCCAGCCUAACCCAGGCCUCAUCCUGAGAGCUGAGCCCACUGUCACAAAUAUUCUCAAGACAGUAGAUGCAGACCACUCGAAAUCCCCUGAGGGCCUCCUUGGGGUUCUUGGACACAUGCUGUCAGGGAAGAGUCUGGAUCUUCUUCUGGCAGCAGCAGCAGCCACUGGGAAACUCAAAUCCUUUGCCAGGAAAUUUAUUAAGCUUAACGAGUUUCCCAAGCACAUCAGCGGAGAAGGAUCUAAGUCUGCGUCUGUACGUGCCUUGCUCUUUGACAUUUCCUUCCUCAUGCUCUGUCAUGUUGUGCAGACAUACGGCUCAGAGGUGAUCUUGUCAGACCCCAGUCCUUCAGGGGAGACGCCAUUUUUUGAAACAUGGCUGCAGACGUGCAUGCCCGAGGAGGGCAAGACUCUGAAUCCGGACCACCCAUGCUUCAGACCCGAGCCCGGAAAAGUAGAGAGUCUGGUGACCCUGCUGAACAACUCCUCGGAAAUGAAACUAGUUCAGGUGAAGUGGCACGAAAUCUGCCUCAGCACUCCGGCAGCCAUUUUGGAAGUUCUCAACGCGUGGGAGAACGGUGUGCUUUCCGUGGAGGCGGUACAGAAGAUCACUGACAACAUCAAGGGGAAGGUGUGCAGCAUGGCCAUUUGUGCAGUGGCGUGGCUGGUGGCGCACGUCAGGAUGCUUGGACGGGAUGAGAGAGAGAAGCCUCAGACUAUGAUCCGACAACUUGUAACUCCUCUUUAUGCGGAGAACACACUGCAGUUUUACAAUGAACGCGUGGUCAUAAUGAGCUCCAUCAUGGAGCACAUGUGCACAGACGUCUUCCAACAAACAGGCGCUAUGGUGCGUUCCCCAAUAGAAGGCCAAGAGCCAAUCCCGUACCGCAACCUGCUGCCUCCCAAAGAGCCCAUUCACAAUUCCCUCAGCAAACAGUUCCAGGUGGUACUGCACAAAAGCUGGGUGGACAGUCGAGCUCUGCAUCUGUUCGAGAGUCUUCUCAACAUGGGAGGGGUCUUCUGGUUUACUAACAAUCUAGUCAAGGAACUACUUAAGGAAACUCGACAGGAGUGGGCUAGUCGGGUCGUAGAAUUACUCUACAGCAUCUUCUGUUUGGACACUCAACAGAUCACUUUGACUUUGCUGGGUACCAUAUUGCCCAACCUUCUCACAGACUCCGCUCAUUGGCACACCCUGGCAGACCCUCCUGGAAAGGCCUUGGCCAAGUUGUCGGUGUGGUGCGCUCUUAGCUCUUACUCGUCACACCACAAAGGCCCCUUCUCGGCUCGCCAGCGGAAAAGGCAAAGAGAAGAUAUUGAGGACUAUAACAGUCUCUUUCCAUUGGACGACACUCAGCCAUCUAAACUCAUGCGGCUUCUCAGCUCCAAUGAGGAAGAACCUGUCAUUCUUUCCAGCCCAGGAGACCGAUCUAUGAGCAGUUCCCUGUCUCCAUCCCAGCUGCACACGGUCAACAUGAGGGACCCUCUCAAUAGAGUUCUGGCCAACCUAUUCCUCCUCUUUUCCUCCAUCUUGGGCUCCAAGACGGCAGGGCCUCACACACAGUUUGUGCAGAGUUUUAUUGAGGAGUGCGUCGAGUGUCUGGAGCAGGGAAGCCGUGGGAGCAUUCUGCAGUUCAUGCCUUUCACUAUGGUCUCUGAGCUGGUGAAGCUGCCGGCUCUGGCCAAGCCUAAAGUCGUACUGGCUAUCACCGACCUGACUCUGCCGUUGGGAAGGAGAGUCGCUGCCAGAGCUAUAUCUGCUCUCUAAACCCUUAAAGUUUCAAGUUCCUCCAGUUUAGAAAUCAAUGACUUGACUAAUUUAACAUGUUCAGAGAAGUGAAAUGAAGAUGAAGUGUAAAAACAAAACAGACUGAAAGAACUGUGGCUGGAUCAAGUGUUGGACUUCUCUUUUUUUUCUUUACAAGCAGUGUCUUUUUUAGUUUUUUUUUCACAUCAUUAAAUGUAUAAAUAUGUCUUGAUAUAAAAAAAAGGCUGGUAACAAAA